UUGGAUUAAUGAUUCUGGCCAAAUUUGGUAUAAAAUCAUGGCAAGUUGAAGCCGAAGUCCAGUCUGGGUAGCUUGAAAACAAGAGUGCCAAGAUGAAACUACUUACCUUUGCCAUUGGCUGCUUACUAAGCGCUGUUGCUGCUGCUGAAUCCAUUGAGGAAUUUGAAUUUGAUUGGGAAAACCUCCGAUCAGUCGAUCUGUUCGUGGAUCCCAUUGGCCCCGCCCCUGAAUCGCAUGGGUUGAAAAUUGUGGGUGGACAAGUCGCAGCACGCGGAGCCUUCCCAUACCAAGCUGCCUUGAUCAUUGACAGCCGCAGUUUCUGUGGGGGAUCCAUCAUCAGUAACCAAUGGGUUCUCACUGCCGCCCAUUGCGUUGACACCGCUUCGGCUGUUCAAAUCAUUCUGGGUGCUCACAACCCGUCAACCACCGUCAACGAACCCACUCAGGUUCGUUUGGUUGCUAGUGGUCGCGUGGUCCAUGCCCAAUGGGCAAGUGCGACCUUGCUUAAUGACAUCGCUCUUCUUCGGGCUGCUUCCAUCCCAGUGGGCCAAGCUGGGAUCUCUUCCAUUAGCCUGGCCCCGGCCAACUCUGGAACAUUUGCAGGCCAAACCGCCAUUGUUUCUGGAUGGGGCAGAACCAGUGACUCGAGCAAUUCGAUUGCCAGCCAAUUGAAGUACGUGCAAGUGCCAGUUAUAACCAACGCUGUCUGUGCCAAUUCCUACGGGAGCACCGUCCAGGCCCAACAUAUCUGCACAUCUGGAAUUGGAGGUGUGGGAUCCUGCAAUGGCGACUCUGGUGGUCCAUUGGUGAUUGGAGGCGUGGAAGUCGGAAUCGUUUCCUUCGGAGCUCGUCUUUGCCAGGCUGGACAUCCCAGCGCUUAUGCCAGAGUUUCCACGUUCCGAACCUGGAUCACCGCCAACAGUGGCAUCUAAAUUCGUCUUUGACAUUUUUUUGUUUCAUUAAAUAGUUGCAGAUU